AUGGUGAUCUGUUUAUUUGGAAUCCAAGUACCCGAACAUCAAACAGGUUAUCAUGUUCUGGGUGAAGCUGAGUAUGAUGCGAUAGUGAAGAUAUAUUCAUUGAAAACUGGAAAUUGGAAGAGAAUUGGUGAUUUUCAUAAUGGUUUUUCUAUGGAUUGUUGUGUCCAGUAUUUGAAUGGUGUUCUUCAUUGGACGAGUAUUCAAGAUUCUAGGUCAUCUUAUUCGUGGACGAUAGUUUCUCUUGAUUUAGCAAAGGAGACGUAUGGAGAAAUUUUGCAACCUGUGUAUGAUGAAUUCCAGAUUCAGAACUUCAAUGAAUAUGUUGAAGCAUAUACCAUUGUUGAGAGUCUGGUUUCUCCUGAUUCGCAAGCGGGCCCUGGAGAUAACAAUCAGGCUUGA